AUGUCUAGAUACCGGUUAGACAGAGUGUCGAUCGAAGCUUUGAUAGGGCUACUCGCGGACGACUUGAUGAAACCUACACGGAGAUCGUGUUCAAUAAGUGCAGAAAUUCAGGUUCUUGUUACACUGAGAUACCUGGCUAAAGGUAGCUUCUACUCGGAGGUAGCAGACCUUCAUGGUGUAAGCAGGAGUAGUGUCUGCCAUGCAAUCGAAUUGUACGUUUUUUUUUUGUUUUGUAGAUUUCCCUUGGAAAGCCUGAAUUGUACAAAGUACAGUUUCUACAACAAAUGCGGGUUGCCAAAUGUCAUAGGAGCAAUUGACGGAACGCUUAUUCCUAUACAGGCCCCAGCAGAAAAUGAGGCAGCAUAUGUUUGUAGGAAGGGGUUUCAUGCCAUAAAUAUGCAAGCUGUUGUUGACAGUAAUAUGAGAUUUCUGGAUAUUGUUGCAAGGUGGCCUGGAUCUCAACAUGAUUCUUUCAUCUUCAACAAUUGUGGAUUGAAGGAUGUUUUGGAGUCUGCUGAUUUAGGAUAUCUCCUUGGAGACAGUGGUUAUCCACUCAGGAGUUAUCUUAUGACACCAAUCUUAAAUCCUUCAUCAGUCGCUGAAGUAAACUUUAACAAUCAUCACAGUUCUGGCCGUUCUGUUGUAGAGAAGGCUUUUGGGGUUCUUAAAUCCAGAUUCAGGUGUUUACACAAGUCUGGUGGAUGUCUGAUGUUGAAACCAAGCAAGUGCUGCAAAGUCGCAGAAGCUUGUGUGAGGCUUCACAACUUCUGUAUUGAUAGACAGAUACCACUGAAUGAAGAUUUGGCAGAAAGUGACACCAGUGAUGAUAUUUCUGUAUGCCAGCUGCCACCAUCAAGGUCUGGCUCGGAGAAAAGGUCACGGCUGGUCCGAUUAUUUCAAUGAAAUCAUUUAUUUGGAUUUGCUGUAAAUGUGUUUUUUCAACAUCAUUUUUGGCAUUUACCGAAAUAAUAAUGUAGACCAAGGAA